CGUACGGGGCGGAAUCGCCACAACCUGUGUGCUUGUAGUUUAGCCUGGGUUUCACAUUCGUUCACCCGUCGGACGUGUGUGGACUUAAAUUAUGCUUUUAAAGACCGAGCCGGGGCAAAGAUGCAAUGGAGGUCAAUAGUAGUUGGUCUGGUCGUAUUGAGACUGUCCCUCAGCUGUGUGCUGUGGCUAGCUUUCGGACUGGGACCUAACGUUAGCUGCGGGUUCAACUUCCCACUCAGUUUCAGUUUGCACAAAUUAGACCUGUUAUUCAGGGACGAAAAAGGGACCGACCCGAGGGCUAACUCGUGGUCUCAGCGAAUACACGGCCACAGACAUGAGGAGGUGGCGACCACCUGUGCGAAGGUGGGAGAGGGGUCCCACAGGAGAUCCUACCUGAGCUUCUUCGAUGGCAACAAGGACGAGUACGUGCGGAGAUACAGCUCAUUCCCAGAUACCCUGAAAGCCAAAAUGAAGGACAUGGCGAAGGAAAUGUUUUAUUUCGGGUAUGACAAUUACAUGAAACAUGCCUUUCCCGAGGACGAGCUGAAUCCCAUUGACUGUGAGGGGAGGGGACCAGACGUGCAAAACCCGUCGAACAUCAACAUAAAUGACGUUUUGGGGAACUACUCCCUUACACUGAUUGACACCUUAGACACCCUACUGGUGCUCGGCAAUGUGACAGAGUUCCAGAGAGCUGUCAAGCUGGUUAUAGAUACUGUAUCUUUUGACAAGGACUCCACUGUGCAAGUUUUCGAGGCAAACAUCAGGAUCCUGGGAAGCCUUAUCUCAUCUCACAUCCUGCUGACGGACCCAAAACAUCCAUUCGGCAAGGUCAGCUUUGACGGUUACGAUAAUGAGCUGCUUCACUUGGCUCAUGACUUGGCUGUCCGCUUACUGCCGGCCUUUGAGAACACCAGCACAGGCAUUCCUUACCCCAGGGUGAACCUAAAGACUGGAGUUCCUGCUGAUAGCAUCAAUGAGACGUGCACUGCAGGAGCCGGGUCCCUGCUGGUGGAGUUUGGGAUUUUGAGCCGCUUGAUUGGAGAUUCCACAUUUGAGUGGGUGGCCAGACGAGCUGUCAGAGCUCUGUGGAACUUGAGGAGCAACGAAACCGGUCUGUUAGGGAAUGUAGUAAACAUCCAAACAGGCCAGUGGGUGGGCAAGCAGAGUGGUCUUGGAGCCGGUAUGGACUCCUUCUAUGAGUAUUUGCUGAAAUCGUACAUCCUUUUUGGUGAGAAAGAGGACUACAGGAUGUUCCAAGCUGCUUACGAGAGCAUUCAGAACCACAUGAGGAGAGGGAGAGAGUCGUGUAAUGAAGGAGAGGGUGACCCGCCUCUCUAUGUUAAUGUGAACAUGUUCAGCGGUGAGAUAAUGAACACCUGGAUUGACUCCCUCCAGGCCUUCUUCCCUGGGCUGCAGGUGCUGAAUGGGGAUGUAGAUAAUGCAAUUUGCCUGCACGCCUUCUACUAUGCCAUCUGGAAGCGCUUUGGGGCUCUGCCAGAGAGAUACAACUGGCAGCUGCAGGCUCCUGAUGUGCUCUUCUACCCCUUAAGGCCAGAGCUGGUGGAGUCAACCUAUCUGCUGUACCAGGCGACCAAAAAUCCUUUCUAUUUGCAUGUUGGAAUGGAUAUUCUUCAGAGCCUUGAGAAAAAUGCCAAAGUCAGAUGUGGGUACGCCACUCUCCACCAUGUCGUGGACAAAUCCAAAGAGGAUCGCAUGGAGAGCUUCUUCCUCAGUGAGACAUGCAAAUAUCUUUACCUGCUGUUUGAUGAGGACAACCCACUUCACAAAUCCGAUAACAAGUACAUCUUCACGACAGAGGGCCACGUUGUGCCUAUAGAUGAGCGUUUCAGGGAGAAACAGUGGAAUGACUUGUCUCCUUGUGAAGAGGGAGUGCUGGCAGCACGAGAGCCAAACAACAGGCCACCACCGAGCAAUGACAGCAACUGCGAUAGGAUUCCUGAGGAGCGACGGUACACUCUGCCAUUAAAGAGCGUCUACAUGAGGCAGAUCGAUCACAUGGUGGGACUUUUCUGAGUAAGAGGAUGCAUGUGGUGAUAUUGACAUGAACAACAGACCUUCAGUACACACCCCCCCUCAGGUGCAGAUGUGGAUCCACUGUCGGUCAAAAUCCUCGUCCCGUCUGCUCCGCUGCUCAGGAUCCAGACAGGAAACUGACACUAAAGGAAACCUGAGAAAGCAGCUUGAUUACUUGCUGUAUUAAUUAAACGUGUGUGUGGUUGUUUUCGCUCUUUGAUGGGUGAGCAUGUGGUCAACUAAGGUGAACAACUUUUUCUCUGGAAAACGAGUAGUCGUGCUCCAGUACUUAUUGCCCGGUGACAAAUUGAGACUGUGUGAGUGGAUUUUAGAAUUGCUGGUGUGUUUUUGUCUGUUAAGGUGUUUGUUCAGGUGUGAGUGUACCAAUGUGUGUUUUUUGUGUGUAUGCUUAUUUGAAAUUACAGCUGAGCUGUGAAUCAUAUUGUGUUUAUGGGAACAGUGCCAUCUAGCCACACAUAUGUACAGUGUAUUGCCUAUAAAAACACUUGCCUCUGUAUAAACAUGA